AUGUCUUUAAUAUUUGGAUUCCUGUGUUUUGGUCUCGUAAUAUUUGGAUUCCUGUGUUUUGGUCUCGUAAUAUUUGGAUUCCUGUGUUUUGGUCUAGUAAUAUUUGGAUUCCUGUGUUUUGGUCUCGUAAUAUUUGGAUUCCUGUGUUUUGGUCUAGUAAUAUUUGGAUUCCUGUGUUUUGGUCUAGUAAUAUUUGGAUUCCUGUGUUUUGGUCUCGUAAUAUUUGGAUUCCUGUGUUUUGGUCUAGUAAUAUUUGGAUUCCUGUGUUUUGGUCUCGUAAUAUUUGGAUGCCUGUGUUUUGGUCUAGUAAUAUUUGGAUUCCUGUGUUUUGGUCUCGUAAUAUUUGGAUUCCUGUGUUUUGGUCUCGUAAUAUUUGGAUUCCUGUGUUUUGGUCUAGUAAUAUUUGGAUUCCUGUGUUUUGGUCUCGUAAUAUUUGGAUUCCUGUGUUUUGGUCUAGCAAUAUUUGGAUUCCUGUGUUUUGGUCUCGUAAUAUUUGGAUGCCUGUGUUUUGGUCUAGUAAUAUUUGGAUUCCUGUGUUUUGGUCUCGUAAUAUUUGGAUGCCUGUGUUUUGGUCUCGUAAUAUUUGGAUUCCCGUGUUUUGGUCAAGUAAUAUUUGGAUUCCCGUGUUUUAGUCUGGUAGUAUUUGGAUUCCUGUGUUUUGGUCUCGUAAUAUUUGGAUUCCUGUGUUUUGGUCUCGUAAUAUUUGGAUUCCUGUGUUUUGGUCUCGUAAUAUUUGGAUUCCUGUGUUUUGGUCUAGUAAUAUUUGGAUUCCUGUGUUUUGGUCUCGUAAUAUUUGGAUUCCUGUGUUUUGGUCUCGAAAUAUUUGGAUUUUUAUUUUGUUUACAUUCAUAA